AUGGCUGACAAUUCGUCUUUCAUGGACUGGGUCCCUCAGACUCCUCCACCUCUUUUCAACCCAUAUCAAGGCGAUUACAUGCCAGGCGGAUGGCCCCAGCAACCUCCGACCCCUCAAUUCCGUACCACUGGACUGUUCGAUCCCGUGCGCCGACGAACCCGUCUCGAAGAGUUCCUCCUGCCUGUCCUGCCUGCAGCGAAACGAGUCUGCAGAGGUCUUAUCCGCGCUACCAUCAAUGCGACUGCGACCGUUGUCACAGUGCCAACAUAUGCUAUUGUUCGGCAGGUCAGACACAUGCAGCGAGCUCGCAGAGCCGAUCCUCCACCUCAACAAGCUCCACGAAAUCGAGCCGUUCAAGCGCGCCCAGCUCGACGUGUCGUCAUUCAGACCCCUCCUCCCAGAACUCCUCAACAGCAGGAAACGGUCUUGAUCACUCCUCCCUCAACCCCUCCACCGCAGGAAACCGUCAGAUUUACUCUUCCAAAGAAGCAAAUCCAAGAAGACGUAGCUACAGAAGAGAUUCCAUUUGAGGUCCCAGAGUUUCGACCUGCUCGCCUCUUGCGACCAACGAACAAACAUGUCACACCCAAGAAGGUCAUCCGGCGCAGACGUCUUAAGGAUGCGUUCCCUGGCAUGCCACAAAUCCCUCCACCACAAACAUUGAAAUCAGUGACUGUCCCAACCCCAGAGCACGUUGUCCGGAAGACCCUUCCUGAAGCAGGAAGCGUCCGACUUCAUUCUCCGUUUCCGCAGUUCGCCCCAGGCCCUACCGCACCUUCGUCACCUCCCUCACCCGCAGCCUCAGUCGCAACCACAGAGUCAGUUACGCCAAGCGCGCAGCUGCAAAAUAACCUUUCUACUGCCACCGAAAGCGAUUCGGAAGGAAACACAGUGGUCUCAUCAGUCACGACAUCGAGAAAGAGACGCAUAGAUAUCCAAGGGUCGAGAGCGAUCGAAGGAAACGCGUGCCACAGUGCAAAGAGAUUCCAGACCGCAGGUCUGAGCGUCGACUCGCCCAACACCCCUACAACCAAACCUAUCAUUGUCGUGCAAGCAGCAGUAGUCGCAGCUGACGCAGAAGCACCACCCACACCUCUCAACAGUUCCUUGUUGUCGCCAUCACGCUUCAAGGACCGAAAGUUCCAUACUCCAAAGCCAAGCUCGAAGAUUUCGGCAAAGGUUUGCAAAACACCACCGUCCGCACAGUCUUUCAUCUCUUCGACUUGCGAUAUUUCUCCCGGCAAUUAUCACCUCGACGAUGUAAGAUCUCCCGUUAAGGGCGAGAUUUCUUCCUUCUUCCAAGGUACCCCACCGCCUUUCCCAGAACAGGACGCCGACGUGUUUCGGAUGAUCACCGCAGGAGGGGGGUCACCAAUUCCCGCGUCAAAGAACCUGGCUGAGCGCGAGGAGACCAAAGAACCGAUCGAAUCAAACACUGGCGAUGGACAAGUACAGUCAUCGGGUGAAAGAUCCACCGGUAAUAAGUCUGCCGUACAAGAGAGCGAGGAAGAGGAACAGCACAGUGUCGUCGCCCCAGCAGAAGAUGACAUCGAGAUAACGGAUAUACACUCCGGCCCAGCCACCCAAGGUGAUAUUCCUGAACCAAAUAUCACCACAGAAGCAACGGAGCGGAUCUCAUCAGAGGACGACAAAGAAGCACCUGUCACAGCCAUCGAAGAAACCACGAGCACUCCUUCACCCGCAAUUGACCUCAGGGACGAGAACGAAGACGGCGACGCAUACGCAUUCACUACAGACUCUGCUCUUCAGGCACCCGAAAAGAAGCUCGCGCAGCUCAAACUCGACGAUGAUAAAUACCGUACCCCUGAAAAACCAACCCCCAAGGCCUCUCCGCACUCAGUUGAGAGAACCACUCGAAGGACGAGAGCCGAAGCCAAGCGUGAGCUUCUGGCCAAAGAAAAACACCUUUACAACAUCGCCGAGCUUGCAGCCGAAUGGGAAGAUCGCAUCCAGCUCGCUCUCCAGCACGGUCACGGCAAUUUCAAAGCCAGUGACUUUACCCGCGUCGUCCCUCUCUCCAGCAACAACCGAGGCACAGACAGAUGGCUCAACGACGAGGUGAUCAACGGAUACCUCGCACUCGUGGUCAAGCACGGUCGACAGAACGACCGACCGUCACAAGUCCCUUCCUACCACGCGUUCUCAUCAUUCUUCUUCAACAACCUGGAGGAGAAGGGACACGAUGGUGUCAAGCGGUGGGCCUCCCGCGCCAAGAUUGGCGGUAAGGCCCUCUUGGAGACCGAGGCGGUCUUCAUCCCCAUCAACAGUGGCGCCCAUUGGACGCUGUUGGUGGUCUUGGGCAAGACGCGUAGUGCGACGCACUACAACUCGAUGGCCGGGAGUGGGCGCCGCUACAUCGCGGCGGUGAAGACCUGGCUGGCUGGGGAGCUGGGCUCCCAGUACAAGGAGGAGGAGUGGACGUUUGUGGAGCGGGGGGAGAGCCCAAUGCAGUCCAACAUGGACGAUUGUGGCGUCUUCGCCAUCACCAGCGCCCGGCAGAUCAUGCUGGGCUUGACGCCCAUGUCAUAUGGGCCAGAGAUGAUCCCUCUGCAACGAAAGAGGAUCGUUGCAGAGCUGGUGGCUGGCGAGCUCUUAAAGAGCGAGGUGUGA